GCUUCCCAUUUCACCCUAUCUAUUGUACGUCCAUUUAAGCAGAUCAUACAUCUUUUUAUUCCCAACAUGGCAACCUUUUUCCUACUUCUUUUCAUGUUCAAUUCUUUAGCCAACGCUCAGGGAAACCCACCCUCGCCUGGCUAUUACCCUAGCUCUAGGGUUGACACCAUAGCCUUUAAUCAAGCUUAUAAGAAUUUAUGGGGCCCACAGAACCAGCGGCUCGACCAAAGUUCACUCACCAUAUGGCUCGACAAGUCUUCGGGAAGCGGUUUUAAGUCGAUAGAAUCGUACAAAUCUGGUUACUUCGGGACUGAUGUAAAGCUUCACCCUGGUUACACUGCUGGAGUUAUCACAUCGUUUUACCUUUCGAAUAAUGAGGAUCACCCAGGAAAUCAUGAUGAAGUUGACAUCGAGUUCUUAGGGAGAACGCCUGAUAAACCUUAUACGUUACAAACGAACGUGUACAUAAGAGGAAGUGGAGAUGGGCACAUCAUAGGACGAGAAGAGCAAUUUCACCUAUGGUUCGAUCCUACUGAGGAUUUUCACCAUUAUGCGAUGCUUUGGACACCCAAAGAAAUCAUAUUUUUAGUAGAUGAUGUGCCAAUUAGAAGAUACGAGAGGAAAAGCGACACAACAUUUCCAUUAAGACCUAUGUACGUGUACGGAUCCAUCUGGGACGCAUCUUCAUGGGCCACUGAGAACGGUAGAUACAAAGUAAACUACGGGUACCAACCUUUUGUUGGUAGCCACCACCGGAGGGCUGAGCCACCAGCAAGUGGCCGCGAUGCAAUGGGUUCAAAGGAACUACAAAGUGUAUGA